AUGCUUCGCCCCUCUACCGCCGCCGGCCACGCUGAUCUCCACCACCCGCCUCCGCCGGCCACGCGCAUAUCUCCUCCCCCCUCCCUCCUCCUUCACCACCUCGUCGCCGUCGACCUGCUGUGUUCCCGGCGUCUCCGGCCAUUCCUGAUGCCGCGCCUCUACUCCACCACGCCGAUGUCCCGCAUCCUCCUCCGCAGCGGCCGCCGCUUCUCCUCCUCCACCUCCACCUCCCGGCGCUCACGCUCCUGGUCUCCCCACGCCGCCUUCGCCGCGGCCACACAGCGCGCCAGAGCCGGGACGCUCAGCCGAGAAGAUGCACACUACCUUUUUUCGAUAAAGAGAUGCCAUCUGUUUCAUGAAAUGAUGCAGCAAGGGAUUGUGCCCAAUGUGGUGACAUAUACCUCGGUUAUUGAUGCCUUGUGCAAAGCCAGAGCAAUGGAUAAGUCGGAGCUAUUUCUUAGGCAGAUGGCCGAUAACAAUGUUCAACCGAAUAAUGUGACAUAUAAUUGCAUAAUCCAUGGAUAUUCUACAACAGGGCGGUUGAAAGAGGCGACAAGAAUGUUCAGAGAAAUGACACUCCAGGGUCUUAUACCAGAUUUAUUUACUUUCAACUCGUUCAUGAAUUCCCUUUGCAAGCAUGGUAGAAGCAAAGAAGCUGCAGAGAUUUUUGAUUCCAUGACUGCCAAGGGACACAAGCCUAAUAUCGUCUCGUACUCUAUUUUGCUUCAUGGGUAUGCCAAUGAAGGAUGCUUACUUGAAAUGACUGAUCUCUUUAAUUCAAUGAAAAUCAAUGGUAUUGUAGCCAACUUCCAUGUCUUCAACAUAUUAAUUGGUGCAUAUGCUAAAUGUUGA